GCGGGAAAACCCGCACAUGCGCAGAAACGAGAAAAAACGCGCAUGCGCAGAAGCGGAAAAAACGCGCAUGCGCAUUGCGCAGAAAAAUAAAUGAAAAGUUAAAUAAAUAAAAAUAAAAUAUAUAUAUAUUUUUUUUUUUAAUAAAAAAAAAAAUGUUAAAAAAAAAUUAAAUUAAAAAGUAAAGAAGUAAAAAGGACAGUGGUGGAAGAAGUAUUCAGAUCCUUUACUUUACUUCAGGAGGACUCUUAACUGAUAUGUAUAAGUUAGAAGAGGCAGGUAGCUACGGAGGGGGCCAUGGAAGGGGGGGAAAAUUAAGGUUGAAAAAAAAAAGAUGUACGCAAAACCAUUUGCGAGGUCUCGCAAAAGUACAGAAGAUUGUAUCGUCUUGUCGCUUGGAAUCAGCAAAUAGAGGGAGUCAUGGAGGAGGAUUUCGAGCAGUUCCUGCGGCCAAGAGAGGUCCCGCAAGCGGACAUCAUGCACAUGAAAAGAGACAAGGUUGACAAGGCAGUGAUUUCUGUUAUGACUGAUGAACAAAUGGCCAAAUAUAUCACUUCAUAUGGUGACAGAGUAGCUGUCCUUUCCUUCUGUCAACAAACAAUGUGCAGCCUUGAUAAAGAGACUCUUAUACAAAGAUUAGGAGAUAAAAUAGAAACUCGGAAAAUGAGAUCAAGGACAAAAGGUGUGCUCCAAAACCCAGGUGAGGGGAUGGCAAGACAUAGAAAUACUGCAGCAGAAAAGACUUCCAGGAAGAUUGAAAUAGGAUGGCUUCAUUUUUACAAUAAUGAAUACCAUCAAGUGAGAACCAAAAAUGGUGGAGGAACACGACAUGCAGCUGCGGAAAAAACAACAACUGUUGCUCAGAUCUUGAAGCUAGGAAAAGAGCUAUUUUUUCCAAAUGGACAGUCACCCAAAGGACAAGCUGAUGACUUUACCUUUGAGGUCUGUGAUUUUAAAAGAAAGCGAAUUAUUUUCGAUGACACUGUUGGUAGACUGUAUGAACAAACCAAAAUGAAGCUGCUUAGAUUUUACAUUUGCACAAAAGAAGAAGGACCUGCAACAGAUCAGUCUUCAUCUGAAGAGGAUGAAUGUUGUGAAGAUUAUUUAUCUGAGGAUUUAUCUGUCAGCUGAGGGAGCAGAUUCACAGUUGACUGAGGAUGGAUUCCACCUUGAUGCAGAUGAUUCAAUUACAGAUCUAC